UUUUUUUUUUUUUUUUCCCUCUCUUUCUGUCUCUCUUUCGCUUGUUCUCUUUCUCUCGUUCUUACACACACACACACACACACUCUCUCUCUCUCUCUCUCUCUCUCUCUCUUAUAGUCUUGUGCAUUGUGAGCUUAGUCUCCGGGCAGUGCAGGCAUGACACAGACCACCUCGCAUGCUGGCCCGGCUCUGGAGAAGGGGAUAUGGGCCGCUGUAGCGGUGGUCAUAGUGAUCGUCGCUCUCAGGGUUAUAGCUAAAAUCAAGAUCCAUCAAUUCCGUGUGGAUGAUGUUUUAAUGGUAGUCGCAUCUAUCCUGACCAUCGUCGCAAGCGUCUUCCUCACAAUCGCCGUCAACUAUGGCUUCGGCUCUGACCUCAUGACCCAGGCCUUUGACAACCAGAAGAUGGUCCUGAAAAGUAUCGCGAUCCAGGUACCACUGGUGACUAUCAGCACAACGCUCGCUCGCUGCUCUUUCAUCCUUUACCUGCUUGUGAUUCUGGGGUCGAACAAGAUCUAUCGGAUCAUACUGUGGGCGUUGAUGGGUCUCCAGUUUGCGGCCAAUAUAACGUCCGCCGUGCUUCCGUUGAGUAUUUGUCGGGAUGUUCGCAUUCUCUGGAAUCCUACUAUCAAGACCACAUGCGGUAAUAUUGAAGAUGUGGUAAAGUUUGCCUAUUUUACUGGUAGUCUCAACUGCGCCGUCGAUUUCUUCCUCGCAGUCUUCCCCACUCUAGUAGUCUGGAACCUCAACCUGCUCUUCCGUAUAAAAAUCAGUUUAAUCGUCCUUCUGAGUCUAGGCAUAGUCGCAAUGGUCGCCUCCAUCAUCAAAACCACCAAACUCAACGACAUCCCCAGCGUCACAAACCUGGGCUCCUCAACCGGCAUCGAACUCAUCCGAUGGGGCUACACCGAAAACGUAAUCAUCAUCAUCACCUCGUCCAUCCCCUGCAUCCGGCCCCUGGUGAUCUCGUCCGUGCGCAAGUUCUCCAGCGGCGGCAUCUCGCGCUCCUACGAACUCACGGGGCCCUUUGGCGGCUCGCGCACCCGCCGCACAGGCGGGGGUGGCCACGGACGCACCGACACGGCCCUCUCCACGAACGGAAAGGGAAGCAGGUUCGAUCGCUCCAUGAAUGCGGAAACGGGGAGCAUUGAGCGGAUCCUGGAUGACGGGGUUUACGGCCAUCGGGCUGGUGCUGCUGGUGGUGGUGGUGGUGGACAUGAGACAAGCAUUAGUUCGGCUAGGACGGGGUCGCCCGGUGGGGAGGAUGAGAGGGGGAUUACGAAGCAGGUUGAGAUUUCAGUCAUUUCGAAUGAGUUUUGAUGUUUAUGUAUGUUUUUUAUGUUUUCUUUUUGUGUAUAUAUAUAUAUAUAUGUGUGUGUGUGUGUGUGUGUGUGUGUAUGGGAGGGUUAGAUUAUUUAAUACCGAUAGAAACCCUGCG